GAUGUCCGCCAUCUUACCGCUCCCUCCUCCCCCGGUGCGGUUGGAUUGAAUGAGCCCGCUGCCCGCCUGCCCGCCAACCGUGCGCCAUGUCAGGCACCCCGAGCCGCGGCACCCUCGGCGGGACCCCGCUGUCGCCGACUCGCAUCUCCCGCCUGCAGGAGAAAGAGGAGCUGCGGCAGCUCAAUGACCGCCUGGCCGUUUACAUCGACCGCGUUCGCUCGCUGGAGCUGGAGAAUGACCGCCUGCUGCUCAAGAUCUCCGAGAAGGAGGAGGUCACCACCCGGGAGGUGAGCGGGAUCAAGAGCCUCUAUGAGUCUGAGCUGGCUGAUGCUCGAAGGGUCCUGGAUGAAACUGCCAAGGAGAGGGCAAGAUUACAGAUUGAGAUAGGAAAACUGAGGGCAGAACUUGAGGAGUUCAAUAAAAGCUACAAGAAGAAAGAUGCAGAUUUGUCUGUGGCUCAGGGUCGCAUUAAGGAUCUGGAAGUGCUGUUCCACAGGAGUGAAGCAGAGCUCAACACUGUCCUCAACGAGAAGCGCAAUCUGGAGGCAGAGGUGGCGGAGCUGCGGGCCCAGCUUGCCAAGGCUGAGGAUGGUCAUGCUGUGGCUAAGAAGCAGCUGGAGAAGGAGACCCUGAUGCGUGUGGACCUGGAGAAUCGGUGCCAGAGCUUGCAAGAGGAUCUGGAUUUCAGGAAGAAUGUGUUUGAGGAGGAAAUAAGGGAAACAAGGAAACGCCAUGAACAUCGUUUGAUUGAGGUGGACACCAGUCGCCAGCAGGAGUAUGAAUCUAAAAUGACUCAGGCCCUGGAGGAUCUGAGAAACCAACAUGAUGAACAAGUCAAACUGUACAAAAUGGAGCUUGAGCAGACCUACCAGGCUAAGCUGGAGAAUGCCAAACUCUCCUCUGACCAAAAUGACAAAGCUGCUGGUGCAGCUCGGGAGGAGCUGAAGGAGGCCCGCAUGAGAAUAGAAGCUCUGAGCUACCAGCUGUCUGGCCUCCAGAAACAGGCCAGUGCAGCAGAAGAUCGCAUUCGUGAGUUGGAGGAGAUGAUGGCUGGGGAGAGGGAGAAGUUCAGGAAGAUGCUGGAUGCAAAAGAGAGGGAAAUGACAGAUAUGAGGGACCAGAUGCAGAUGCAGCUUACAGAGUACCAGGAACUACUUGAUGUUAAAUUAGCCCUGGAUAUGGAGAUCAGUGCUUACCGAAAACUCCUGGAAGGAGAAGAGGAAAGGUUGAAGCUCUCCCCAAGCCCCUCCUCCCGUGUCACAGUCUCCAGGGCCACCUCCAGCAGCAGCAGCACCACCUCCCUUGUCCGCUCCUCCCGGGGCAAGAGGAAACGCAUUGAGGCAGAGGAGCUCUCAGGCAGUGGCACAAGUGGCAUUGGCACUGGGAGCAUCAGUGGCAGCAGUAGUAGCAGUAGCUUCCAAAUGUCCCAGCAAGCUUCAGCUACAGGAAGUAUCAGUAUAGAAGAGAUAGACCUGGAGGGCAAAUAUGUUCAACUGAAAAACAACUCGGAGAAGGAUCAGUCUUUGGGUAACUGGAGACUGAAACGACAAAUUGGAGAUGGAGAAGAAAUUGCUUACAAAUUCACUCCUAAGUAUGUCCUCAGAGCUGGGCAGACUGUAACAAUUUGGGGUGCAGAUGCAGGUGUGUCUCACAGCCCCCCCUCUGUUCUGGUGUGGAAGAACCAAGGCAGCUGGGGCACUGGAGGAAACAUCCGCACGUACCUUGUCAACUCUGAAGGAGAGGAAGUUGCAGUGAGAAGUGUUACUAAAUCAGUAGUCAUGAGAGAGAAUGAAGAAGAAGAGGAUGAAGCAGAGUUUGGAGAGGAAGACAUUUUCAACCAGCAGGGGGAUCCCAGAACAACUUCCAGAGGAUGCUCAGUGAUGUGAAGAAAGGAAGAAGAAGACAAAACAAAACAAAAACAAACAAACCCUAUUAUUUGCUAUUUUUUCCUCACUUCUUUUUAUUUUUGCUAAUUUUUUCCCUCCAGAGCCACUGAAAACUAUUUUUAUAUGCAUCAUCUGAUUACUUUAAAGUUUACUCCUUGGUACAUUUUUAUAAAAAAAAAACUAAAAAAAAAAACUUUACUGAACAAAACUGCCAGAAUUUUUAAUAGAUUUCUUUAUUUUUCCCUGUUUGUUGAAACACUAUAUUGGAACAUAGCAUUUUUCCCCAUCCAGAAUUUAAAGUACAAACCUGCAGCAGAAAAGAAAUUUUUAGCUACAAUGGGAUGAAGCUCCUUGAGUGUUUGGUAAAUCAAUAAUUGGAUCUAUAACCAGGAUAACUUUUUGUUUCUUCAAAGUUUAAGAAACCUUUUUAAUCUGCAGGGCCCCAGGAGAGAUUCACAGUAGUGUUUCCUCCACACUCAAAGAAAAAGUAGCAUCUUGCCUGGAAUCCUCAGCAGUGCCCCACUAAAAAUCCUUCUUUCCCAAUGGAAGUAAGACAAGGAAGCUGCUUUUUGGGACAUUCUUAGGACCAUGGCAUCUUGUCCUGCUCCAGGGUAUGACAGCCUAGUGGUGAAAAGAUCUGAGAAUGUCAGCACCUUGGCUCCGUUACUGUUAUUUCAGAGGAUGGAGAGUGAUGAGCUCUGCCUACACUACCUUAAGGUAUGGAAGUGUCAAACCCAGAGUUUUAACUAUUUUCAAGGGAUUUUGACAUUUUCACAAAUAAGACCUCAUUCAAACAUGGGCACAAGUUGUGUUGUACAUUAUUUAUGAUGCUAAACAUCAUGAUUUAAUGCUUUUGAUGUACUCAGCAUUAAACAGAAUGAUUAAGAUUUUAGAUGUUAAAAUGUUUUUACUUUUGGCAGUGAUAAUAUUGUGGAUUUUGAAGGUUAUCCUAUAUAAAUGUUGACUUUUUUUAAUCAGAGCUAGAUGCAGAUUGUUCAUACUUCUCUUAUAUUCAAAGGGCCAUCAUCAGAUAUCUUAAGGAGUAGUAUUUGCAAAAUAGUACAGAAAUAGUUUAAUGACUUUUUUAAAAAGUGAAAAGGAACAGCUGUUGCUCAAGACAUAAGCAUUGCUUUUCAGUGCUCAAAUCCUUGAAGUAAAGUCUGACACUGAGUGAAGGGAAAGAAAUGCUUUUUAUAGAAAAUGCUUUGUGUGACUAGCAAGAUAUUUUUAUUUCAGUGUGAUGCAUUUUGUGUCUAACAGUGUCCCUUUAGCUUAAAGUUUCUUCUGCUGCAUUUCUGUGGAGAUAACUGCCUCCUGUCAGAGUUAGUUGUCAAUUUAGCAGUGCAUUGGUAAGCACUAGGUAAAAUACUUGACUGCUUCAAAGAAUGUAUUGGCUACUGUACAAGGAAAUGUUUUUUUUUUCCACUAGUUAUUAGUUUGGAUACAAAAUUUGGAUACCCUUUGAUGCCAGCAUAGAAUCCUGUUUUUACCUCUCCCCUUAAACUCUGAGCUUGUCAUUCAAAUAACAAAGAGUCCAACAGGAUACAAGGUUUGGAUGUUUUCGGUGGCUUUUGGACAUUAUGUUCUCUGAACAGUAUUGUGACUGACAGAUAUAACCUAGAAGGUCAGUUUAGUGGCUUUGACUGGUGGUUUUGUAAUGCAAGCAGGGUGGGAACAAAAGGGUUUCUUUAAGCUUGAGGAUUUAUUUUGCCAUUUAAAAAUAAAUCAGAGAUGCUUCUCUCUCGAUUUGAACAAGAAAAAAGAAUCUGCAAUGACUGAAUUACUAAAGUGAAACAAAUUUAGAUUUAUGUUGUAAUCCAUAAUCAGAAGAUCUGUAACAAAAAAGCAGUGUGAAGAUUUGGCUGUUUGGGCUAAGGGGAUAAAUUUCUUGAUGUACUUGGUCAUUUUUCUAAUGUAAUUUUCCCACUCUGCUUGAGUAGAAGGUUAAAUAUGUAGUAAACCAUGUCUAUUUCUCUGUAAAAUGUUAUCUAGUGAAAUUAUGUUUCUCAGACAUACUGUUAUCAAUUACCUUUUCAAAAUUUGUUGUUAUGCAAACGAAUGCAAUCAAUGUAAAAGUAUUUUUGCAAUGCACCUUCCAACCACUGGACAACAUUUCCCUUUUUGACCCACAGCUUCUAGAAUAUACUUAACAUUUGAGGGCUUUUUGCUUCUUUUUCUAAGGAUCUGUAUUUAUGUUUUUUACAUUGGCCAGUUUUCAGGUUGCUUACUCUUUUUUAAGGUUUGUUCUGUGAUCUGAAAUACUAAAGCACUGAGUGUGUAGUUAAUUUGCAUUUUUCUGUGUUUUUUUUUCUUUUUAAUGAUUUUUUUUUUCCUGUAAAGAAUGGGCUAGGAAAGGCAGCUUGAAUGAGGAAAAACCUCUUGAUACCUGAGCCAUAGUUUUCUUAAUAGCUACUGUAUAGGGAGUGUGUCAUCUUGUAGUCUUAAGGACUGGUGCUUGCAGAUCCUCUGUGAUGAGCACUGUGCCCUUCAGUACCAGUCUGCAGUGUGUCCUUAGAUCUGGAACUGUGUCCUUUAGCUUUGGAAACAGGAUUUUGUUCUUCAGUACCAUGUUUAGGUAUGUACAGGUGUUCAUAUGAAACUGAUAUCCCUGUGGGAAAUGCCCACAGUCUAAAUGUGAGUGAUUCUUUGGCCACAUUGCUUCAAGAAAUAAUUCCUGGCUGUCAAUGACAGGACACAAACUACUGUAUUCCAUGGAUUUCUCUAGAUGCCAUCCUUUCCUCUGGCUUUUGCUGCUGAGCUUUAGUGUAACAGCACUAUCCCUUUAAAGCUCCAUACUGGGAGCUUUUUUUGGCUUAACCAAACCAUUGGUCUUUUUUUUCCUUUUCUGUCUUUCAGUUGUCUUUCUUUUUUUUAUUCAGUAUAAUUAAAGCUUUUUGUUCACAUAAAAUCCAGUGUCCCCUUGCCCUCUUUUCCUACUCAAUCCUAUAUCUGAACAACUCUUGAAGUUGGAGGAUGUUUUGUAUUUCUACUCCAGUGUCUGAUACCAGGUGUAGAGUGUAAAGGAGAAAUUUGACUUGUCAGGAGAAAAAUAUUUUAAUUCUUCUUAGAUUAGGGAAGUUUGCCAGUUAGAGCUUCUAUCAAAGGAGUUCCUUAAGUGGGUGGUGGUAUUCCAGAAGAAUUAGCAAACAGCUUUAUUCUGGAUGAAUAGUAAAAAUGAUUGCUAAAUGGUUCUUGCUGAGAGGGAGAAGGAAUAACAGCAUAACUGCAGCAGGAUAGUUAAGCCAGUCUUUUAAUUGUGUAAAUUACACCAAUAGAAGAUGAUAAAUGCAGACUGCCUGCUCCUGACUUCAUACCCAUCAAAAUACUCAUGUCAGAGUAAGUCCAUCCAUCUGCAGGCUGCAGAGAGCCUCUGACACCUCAGACUUCUUUCUCCUUUGCCUUCUGUGUUUGUUACUUUAUCUGGUGUGUUAGUGACAGCAAUAGAGCAGCUGUGAUUCCUCUGCUGUUUCCUAGUGCAGGAGCCUGGAUUUGCCCUGACAAAAGCAGUAGUUUAGUGAUGUCUGAGCACUUCAGCACCAUUUUGCCAUUAGAUUGGAGUUGCCUGGGUUAGUCAGUGUUUGUAGCAGCAACCAAAAGUCUCAGGAAGAAAACAAAUACCUGCUUCCCAUGAGCUGUGAUGUGAGAGGCAGGUUUGGGUUCUCUGCAGCUUGAAUUAGUCCUGAAAAUUGUGAAGCAGUGUGAAGCAGAGGGUACUGUGAAAGGAAAUCACUUCAUGUGCAUUUUUAUCCUUGAGCAACAGGACACCUCAUGGUCAGUUCAGGGAUCUUACUGGGUUUAUAAACCCUUUUCUUUACAAUGCUCAUACUGUAUAAAGGCCCUUUAACUGCAACCUGAGCAGGGGUUAGUUAGAAGAGGCUCCUUGAAAUCCUUUCUACACCCCAGAAUAUUUGCUCUUCUGUUUCUUCUGUGUGCCUCUGACAGACUGUGAUGCUGUAUGAAAAGAUGCAUGGUUUGUAUCUUUGUCUCACUUCCUCACUCUUAAGCCAUUCUUUCUCUUCUUUCUGGCUCUUCUUUUGAAAGUCUUAUCUCUAAACAAAGGCAUAUCCAUAUUUGAGACUGGAUUUUAUUGCCACUGUUGGGUCCAAACCCUGUGUGAGCAGGAAACAAAGCCCUGGUGUCAACCAGUGAGUGGAAGGUGAGAUAGUGAUUGCAUUUUUCAAAGCAUUGCUUGAGCGAGCUGAAUGUCAAGACAAAUUAUAUUGGAGAGUUUCUUUUCUUACAUAACAUGGCCUGGGAAACAGAAUUUUUAUUUGCCCUUCAAUAUGCUUAGCUUUAAACCAGUUUUAAAAUAAUUUAAGUGUUUUUUUGUUUUUUUUUUUUUUAUACAAGACCAUAUUUACAUGCAAUUAUUAUUUGUAAACAUAUAAUGCCUUUCUUGAAAUGCUAAGGUCUAGAGAAUAAAAAGGAUGCUUAAUAUUGAAAGAGUCCUUUCAGAAUAGCACAAGCAGUGAAUUGACUUGGAGUUCAGGAAAACAAAGUGGUUUAACUUCCAAAUUUUCUAGUUAGCUUUUAAUGAAGUGACAGUUCUGUGUUGAUAAGGUAGAUAUUGUUGUGGAUUCCAGCUACCCAGAUCAUCAUUACACUAAAAUUAUGAGCAAUAAGCUAUUUUAAACAAGAUUAAGCCAAAAGGCUUUCUAUCUGGGCACAAAAUACAAUUGAAUAAAUUGAAUAUUUUCAUUAGCAGUGAUGCUUUGUUACUUGAAUGGUGAUUUUGGGUUUUUUUUCCUAACACAAUCUUUAUUUAGAUAGCUCUGGUUCUAGGUUCUCUCCAGUCAACUGCUGCAGUGGAGUUUUUAAGGUUAAAGUUGUUAAAAUAAGGAAUGGUGUAAAAGGUUGCAAAUGAAAAAUACAGACAAAAUUAUGAAAAUGUUCGUGUGGAACUUAAGAAAACUACAUAGUGAUCUAGACUUUAUCAUUUCAAAGUGGUUUUUUUUUUUUCCUUUUUAGAAUAUGCAUGCCAAAUGUCUUGUCUUUUUCAAUGAUUUGUAAUAUACAUUUUAUGACUGGAAACUUUUUGUACAACACACUCGAAUAAAUGUUUUGCAUUUUC